UCGUCGCUCGCGCGGUGGUCUGGGUUCGCAGGAGGGCAGCUCAGCAACGUUCACUCAGUGCGACAGCACGCGCGACCUCGACCGGAUCAGCGUGGCUGAUCGAACGAGAUCGUUUCGCGUCGUGGAUCGUUGCUCGCGCGCGGCAAUGAGACAUUCAGUGACUUCUGAUCCCUCGUCUCUGCUCCGGCACAACUCGAACAACAAUUCAAGCCAUCUCGGACUGUUCUACGCUCUCGUCUCCUCGCCAAGGCUAGGCGAGAGGCUUGGUGGGAUUUGAAACAAAGUGGAGCUUCCAAGUUAAACACCGAACGAGAGACUCGCGAGAGACAAUCGCAAUCGCAACCUGGAUACCGUGAUACCCGCAGUGAUGACCCGGCGUGCCCUACGGGGAUCAGGACUCGAUCAUCCCUGACCCGAGCCGCGAUAUUGCCACUGUUCUCUCGUCCUCGAUCCGCUCGGUUUGCCAACUCGGCGCUGCUUCAAAUCCUCUCCGAUCCUCCGAGGCGAAACUUUAUUUCCACGCCACAUUUCAACUUCCUGAAUCCCCUUCUCCCCUUCUCCCACCCCGACAGAACAGAGAACUCGGAAAAAUGGACGACGACGACACGGACGAGAAGCGAGAGUCCCUGACUCUGGUGAACAAACUCUCUCGCAAAGAGUCGUCGAAAACGAGGCUGCUCGUGUCUUCGAAACUCGCGAAGCCGAUGAGCACCAGGCUGGAGACGCGCCAGAGGAACUCGACCGACGAUUCAGACACGGUGGAGUGCGCCUCGGAGAACGAAGUGGAGAACAUACCGAGGGACGAGGAGGCGAUCGAGCCCCUGGUGACUGACGAGAAGGGCAACAGGAUCUCGGGUGGCAGGGAUCGUCGAUCCAUCAACGUUCCCGAGGAGUCGCAGUCGAUUGCGACGUCUAGACAGCAGAUCGUGACCAGGACCACCAGCCUGAGAGUGAACGAGGAAGGGAGCAGAGUGUCGAGAUACACCGGGACCAAGCUGGGUUUGUUCCACCGAAGUCCUCAGUCCUCGUCGAGCCAGGAGGAGUACGAGCCGGAGGUGAAGAGUCUGUCGAAGAUCCAGAGGCAGCAACAGCAACAGCAGCAACACCUGUUGACGGCUGGCACCGCUGGCCACGUGACGGCCAGAUCCAUGGAGAGCCUCAGGACCUCGAGGAACUUUCUCAGCGCUGACGAGAGGUACAUAGAGGACUCGAAGAGCUUGGAGUCCCUGUCACUGUCGUCCGAGUCUCACGUGGCCAGCUCCAAGAGCCACUACAGGAGCUUCCUGACGUCGUCCAGCAAGGACGUCAGGCGGAUCGUGACCGUCGAGUCGAAGAGCAGCGACAACCUUCACAGGGAGGAGAGCCUGAACGCCGAGGUGAGGCGCGGCUUGUUCGCGAACACCGGCCUCGAGAGGAAGAUACCGCAGCAUCUCAGUCUGCCGCCACCUUCGAGCGUGUUCUCGCUGACGAGCCCCGGCGGCAGCGACCGGAAGAUCACCAUCCUCAGCCCGCACUCGCCGAUCCAGUCGUCCGAGUUCCAGUUCACCGCGCAGACGCUGAAGAGCAGGCGGAAGAAGGCAAUCGUCUUGCCGAGGUUGGUGUUGCCUAGAAGCGACUCCGAGGUGUUUUUAGAGUGAGUAGUAGGAUAAUAC